AUGGCCAAGCAAUCUCGUGGUGCCCCCGGUGGCAAGCUCAAGAUGACCCUGGGUCUCCCCGUCGGUGCCGUCAUGAACUGCGCCGACAACUCGGGUGCCCGCAACCUGUACAUCAUCUCCGUCAAGGGUAUCGGUGCCCGCCUGAACCGCCUGCCCGCCGGCGGUGUCGGCGACAUGGUCAUGGCCACCGUCAAGAAGGGAAAGCCUGAGCUGCGAAAGAAGGUCCACCCCGCCGUCAUUGUCCGACAGUCCAAGCCCUGGAAGCGAUUCGACGGUGUUUUCCUGUACUUUGAGGACAACGCUGGUGUUAUCGUCAACCCCAAGGGUGAGAUGAAGGGCUCCGCUAUCACCGGACCCGUCGGCAAGGAGGCUGCUGAGCUGUGGCCCCGUAUUGCCAGCAACUCCGGUGUCGUCAUGUAA